AUGUCCCGGAACACAGCCCUUAAAAAACUCUCUGAACCCUGGAACCGCCACCAAACGCACCCUCUGGCCCUCCGACUCCCGGACGCCUCGCCAUCUCUUUCCGCCGUAAACCCAUCCACCUCCGCCGCCGCCGCCCGAGCACAACUAACCCGUCUCACCGCGACUUUCGAUUCGUACAUGAAACAGAGAACAGCCGCCGUCACGCCGAGGGACCUCCUUCACUUCCUCAGAUCCCGCCUCCGACACAACCCCGCCCUCGGCCAUCUGGACUACCACCUCUUCCGCUACGCCGCGACGCUCGACUCGUUCCGCCACGACCACCACACGUUCGAGUACAUGCUCAGAUCCCUCGCCUCUACCGACCGCCUCGAUUCCCUCCGAUCGCUCCUCGAGUUCAUAGCCUCCAACCCCUGCCCCUGCUCGGACGGUAUCUUCUCUUGCCCUAAAAUCGAGUCCAUGUUCCGUGUCUCGAUCGGUUCGUUCUGUAGAUCCGGACGACUCGAUGACGCUCUCCAUUCCUUUGAUAUCAUGAGAAGGUUAAUCGACGGUAAGCCAGAUGUUGCUCUGUACAAUAUUGUGAUCCAAGGUUUUGUUAAACUUGGGAAAGUGGAAAAAGGAGUGGAAUUUUACAAAAGGAUGAUCCGGGACAGGGUGAAACCGGAUGCAGUCACCUUUAACACAUUGAUUAGUGGGUACUGUAGGAGUAACAAAUUCGAUCAAGCAUUGGAGGUGUUUGGUGAGAUGAAAGAGAAAGGGUGCCUCCCGAAUGUGGUUAGUUUCAACACUUUGAUUAAAGGAUUCUUCCGGGAUGGGAAGGCCGACAGGGCAGUCACGAUGGCACGCGAGAUGAUCGAGUUGGGAUGUGAUUUUUCUUGUGUGACGUGUGAGAUCUUGGUUGACGGGCUCGGUAGAAGGGGGAAAAUAAUGGAGGCAGCGGACAUGAUGAUCGAGUUCUUGAGGAAAGGGGUUUUACCGAAAGAGUUCGAUUCUUUUGUGCUAGUUGAGAUUCUUUGUAUCAAGGGGAAGGCGAGAAGGGCUUUAGAAUUGAUAGAUGAGUUGUGGGACAAAGGCCAUAAGCCAAGUUCGAUUGUAUGCACGACUCUGAUUGAGGGUUUGCGUGGAGUGGGAAUGAUUGAGAAAUUGGUUGAUUUAGUGAGAAGGAUGCUCGAAGAUGGAAUUAUUCCGGAUAUUGUGACAUUUAGUUGUGUGCUUCGUGAUAUGUGUGGGGCGGGAAGUGCACGGGAGGCAAAUGAGUUACGGUUGUUGGCUUGUAAAAAGGGUUUGAAUCCCGAUGCUAUGGUGUAUAGAAUUUUGGUCUCAGGUUGUAUCGAAGAAGGUCGAAAGGAGGAAGGUGAGGUUUUGGUGAAUGAGAUGUUGGAUAGUGGGUUUUUGCCUGAUAUUGCUAGUUACAACAUGUUGAUGGAUAGACUUGCGAAAUCCAAAGUUCCUUGCCGUGGCUAA